UCCAGGGGCAACAGCGCCGGUCGUGGCACCAGCGCCAUUGAAAAAAGCGACGCCGGCGGUAAUCCCAGGGGCACUGUCGCCGGCUGCGGCAGACUGGCGAGCGCGCGGUCACUCGAGAUCGCCCCUGUCAGUACCACUGCCAUGCCACAGGCCGUGGGCGAUGGAGACACCGCUGCGAUGCAAGUUCUGGGCCCUGUGUUGGCCAUGCCGACCACCGGAGCUGCUGCCAAAAGGAAGGCUGCAGUUCGAUCGCCAAACGGCCGCCUACGGAAGCCACGCGCGCCCAUGGUGAGCAGGGGCACUCCUGCGGGGCCUAAGAAGGUCCCCAACAAGAAUGCCGUUGCCAUCUCCGGCGAACCGGCAGGCACGCAAACUGGUGCCCAAGGCAAUGAACUGCCGAAGGCUGUCUCCCCCGCGGCGCCGCUGACCAAAGGCAGGAAGAGGAAGAGCGUGGCCUCCGGCGCCGCACCCUCACUGGCAUCAAUGGCGCCGAGCAGCGCAGCCACCCAGUGCAGCCUUGUCACCAGGCGAAACAACAGAAGCAGCAGCACGGCGUCCACAGCGCGAGCAAAGAAGCACACCAUCCUGACAUGGCUGAUGGACAGCGGUGUGCUCAAGGAGAAAGAGAAGAUGUUCUACAUGACGAGGCCGGAGCUUGCUGCUGCAGGCAACAACAGCAACUGCGGCACCGCAAAAGUCGUCACUGGCACGGUCACCCGGGCCGGCAUUCACUGCAGCUGCUGCAACACCGCCAUGCCGGUCCCAGCUUUCACCUCCCACAUCGGCUUCAGUGACGAGACAUCGCAGCCGCUAGCGUGGGAGCAGCUCCUGCUCACGUCCGGCAAGCGGCUGCUGUGGUAUGUGCAAGAGGCGUGGAAGAAAGAGAGCAUGAGGAUAUUCCCCGCGGAGGAGAAGGCGGUGCUGGAGCAGGACAGGGACAGUAGCGCGCAGGCGAAGAAGAAGCUGAUUCUCAACGCCAGUCGAUGCAGGAAAUACGAUCUCGCCGUCGAGGGGGUCAAUGGCGGCGGGGACCAGAGUGACGAUGCGUGCGGCGUGUGCGCGGACGGCGGGCAACUGCUGUGCUGUGACAGCUGCCCGUCGACGUUCCACCCGGAGUGCCUCGGCGUGCAGGUGCCUGAAGGCUCCUGGGUCUGCCACUACUGCCGGUGCUUUGUGUGUCUCGCCCGCGAUGAUGGCCAUGACGGCGGCCUGUCCACGUGCCAGCAGUGCGCUCGCAAAUAUCACCAACAAUGCUGCCCGUCCCUGUUAGCCGGGCACGAGAUCAGCCCCUACUGCAGCAAAACCUGCAACAAGAUGGCUGCGAAGCUGGCUAAUAUAUUGGGAGCUACAAAUGCCGCCGGUGGAGAAGGCUUCUCAUGGUCCCUACUGAAGAUCCACAAGGACUCUACGCCUGGCUCCUCCUCAGAUUCUUGCGCCGACAUUGCCAUACUCGAGUGCAACGGGAAGCUGGCGGUGGCGCUGGGCGUGCUGAACAAGUGCUUCAACCCCAUGAAGGACAGGCGGACCGGCAUGGACAUGCUACACCAAGCUGUGUACAGCCUAGGAUCGGAGUUCAAGCGGCUGAGCUACGAAGGAUUCUACACCAUGGUCCUGGAGAAGGACGCGGAGAUCAUCUCAGUGGCAUUGGUCAGGUUUCACGGCAGCAAAUUGGCGGAGAUGCCAUUCGCGGGCACGCUGCCGCACUACCAGAGGCAGGGGAUGAUGCGCCGCCUUGUCAACGCCGUCGAGCAGGUGCUGUCGACGUUGGAGGUGGAGAACCUGCUGAUUCCGGCGGUGCCCGAGGUGGUGGACACGUGGAAGCGUUCCUUCGGCUUCGCGCCCGUGGAACCGCGGCUGAGGGAGGAGACCAAACUGCUCAGCAUGGUCAUCGUCAACGGCACCACUCUCCUACAGAAACCCAUCAUCAACGCUGCUGCGUCAUCCUCCUCGAAGCAGCAAAAACAUGCCGAGGACCUGGGCCAGGCGGCACCAGUGGCGCCACCGAUGAGCGAGGACGAGCUGGCGUUCCUGGAGAUGGUCUGGCCGGUCUGCAGCUUCACCGACCUCGUUACCGGGAUCGCCUAUUCCCCACGCCCAUUCUGUGCAGACCCGCUGGCCGCCGCCGUCAGGGCUCCCGUGGGCAGUGGUUGUAGCCUGGGGAGGAGCUCUGUUGAUGGUGGCGCUGGGGGGCGGCCGCGGUCCUGGGGCAGCCAGGCGGCGGGCAGCUCUGGCGGCGGUUGCAGUAGCAGCGUGUCCAAGAUCUACGCUGCGGCCGCGCGUGGCGGCAGCCUCCGGCUCGGCAUCAACAAGUGA